AUGGCGGAAAAGACUGACAUUGAGCGCGACAUGAGCGUGUCCAAGACGGAGGAUGUCAAGUUUGGUGAGAUUUCGAAUGAGACUCUCAGUCCGGAGGAGGAUAAGCGGCUGUUAAGGAAGAUUGAUAGAUGGCUCCUCCCCGUCAUGGCAUUUUCAUAUCUUUUUCAAUUCCUGGACAAAUCCGCCCUAGGAUUCACCGCCAUCAUGGGCAUCCGAACUGAUCUCCAUCUCACCGGCAAAGAGUACUCCUGGUCCAGCGGCAUCUACUACUUCGGCUACCUAGUCGCUUCAUACCCAGCCGCCAUGCUCAUGGUGCGCUGGAAAGUCGGCAAAGUAAUCACCAUGUCUGUUCUUGUCUGGGGCGUAGUCCUCAUGCUCACAGCCGUAACCUUCAACUCGGGCUCUCUCCUCGCCGACCGUUUCUUCCUCGGCGUCACGGAAGCCCCCAUCGCGCCGGGCCUCACAAUCGUCGUGUCCAUGUGGUACAAGCGCUCGGAACAGCCUCUCCGCCACGCAGCCUGGUUCCUGGGGAACACGUGCGCCGGUAUCUUUGGCGGCCUGCUUGCCUAUGCCAUUGGCCACGUGGAAACCAUUAAGCCCUGGAAGGCGGUGUUUCUCAUCUUUGGCGCCGCGACGGUGGCGUGGUCCGUGGGCAUCUUCUUCCUCUUGCCGGAUACGCCUAUGGAGGCGAGGUUCCUGAAGGAGGAGGAUAGGAAGAAGGCGAUUUUGCGGGUCAAGGAGAAUAUGACGGGUAUUAAGAGCGACAAGGUGAAAUGGGGACAGGUGAAGGAGGCGUUGUUGGAUGUGAAGAGUUGGUUGAUUGUGGCGCUGCAGUUGGCUUCGAAUAUUCCCAACGGAGCUGUGACUACGUUUUCGAGUAUUGUUGUCCAAGGCUUUGGCUUUAGUACCUUUGACACCCUCCUCCUCGGCUGCGUCACCUACCUCCUCCAACUUGUGCUGGUGCUCUUCGCCACCAGCGGAAGCAGCUACUUCCGCAACUCGAGAACCUACUUCAUGGCAUUCAACUACGCUAUCGGCGUGACGGGCGCGGCUAUGGUGCGGUAUAUUGAUCCUCAUAAUCGGUGGGCACGGUUUGCUGGCACUGUCCUCGCCGGCGGAUAUAGCGCCAACUUUCCCCUGAUCAUGUCCCUCAUGUCCGGUAACUUUGGUGGUUUCACAAAGAAGACUACCCUCAAUGCCAUGUCCUUCAUCGCCUACUGCACCGGUAACAUUAUCGGUCCGCAGCUGUUCUUCGAGCGCGAAGCACCAACCUAUCAAUCUGGAUUCCUGGCACUGAUGAUUUGUCUUGCGUUGGGGUUCGUCAUGUGCUGGGUUAUUCGGUUCUAUCUUAUGUGGGAGAACAGUCGACGAGACAAGGUUGUUAGUGCGGAGGAGGUGGCUGCGUUUGAUGAGGCGCGACAUGGGGUUAUGGUGAACUUGACGGAUAUGACGGAUAAGGAGAUUCCGCAGUUUAGAUAUGUGUAUUAG